AUGUCCGAUCUAUCUCUUGAAGGCCAAGAAUCGAAGGAAGUCCUCUGCAACCACGACCAACCUCCACAUUACUGUCCAAGCCAGCCAAGCCAAGAUCUUCUCACCUUUAUUAUCGAGACCGAGCAUACUGGCCGGAUAUUAUUGCAACGGCUACUACAUAUCAACAACGAGGUCGAAAAGCUACUUGAAAAGCAGCCACGGGACGAAUCUAGCUCGCUUGUUAAGGCAAAAUGGUCUCGAGAACUCGGUUCAAAAUGUAUAGAGUCGGGCCAAAUAUCUAUUGACCUAGCAGAUGUGUUCGAAACACGGGCCGGUGAAAAUAGUGGUCUCUAUAUUGCCCUGUCAAAACUCACUGAGAGUGAGUUCAACCAGACCUAUGCUUCGUUGAAGCGGGACAACGCAAACCGGCAGAUACAACACACGCCAGCCGGAGACAAUCAAAAUGGCAUCAACUGCCAUGAGAGAGAUUCGGGAAACCAUCAUCAAAGUGCCUUGAUGACCAGCCAUAGAGGGAGAGCUCGAGAUUACAACAACGACUCUCUGAGCUCUUCUGGCCGGUUCCUCGACCUUUCGGCAAGGGUGGAUCAGAUCAAUGAGAAACUUGACAAAAGCCUUCUCUCCCAUGAUAAGGCCGAUAUCUCUAAAAGGACCGGUUAUGCGACCGCAAAGUCUCCCAGGAGACUUUGGAAGAGAAUCCUGAAGCAUCAAGCUCGGCCUUGA